AUGGUGUUGCUGACUAGCGCUGGCUUGAUUAAAAGUCAGAGUGUGUAUUAUCACGGUGAGACACCUGCUGCACCACACUGCCCCACACCCCACCGCCCCCACUACACCGCUCCCACCCCACCGCCCCCACUACACCGCCCCACACCCCACCGCCUCCACUACACCGCUCCCACCCCACCGCCCCCACUACACUGCUCCCACCCCACCGCCCCCACUACACCGCCCCACACCCCACCGCCCCACUACCGCCCCCACUACACUGCUCCCACCCCACCGCCCCCACUACACCGCUCCCACCACACCGCCCCACACCCCACCGCCCCACACCGCACUGCUCCCACCACACCGCCCCACACCCACUGCCCCCACUACACCGCUCCCACCACACCGCCCCCACUACACCGCUCCCACCACACCGCCCCACACCCCACCGCCCACACCGCACUGCUCCCACCACACCGCCCCACACCGCACUGCUCCCACCACACCGCCCCACACACACUGCCCCCACUACACCGCUCCCACCACACCGCCCAACACCGCACUGCUCCCACCACACCGCACCUCUCCCACCACACCGCACCUCUCCCACCACACAGCACCGCUCCCACCACACCGCACUGCACUGCUCCCACCACACCGCCCCACACACACUGCUCCCACCACACCGCCCCCACACAGCACUGCUCCCACCACACCGCCCCCACACAGCACUGCUCCCACUACACCGCCCCACUACACUGCUCCCACCACACCGCCCCCACUACACUGCUCCCACCACACCGCCCCCACUACACUGCUCCCACCACACCGCCCCCCACUACACUGCUCCCACCACACCGCCCCCACUACACUGCUCCCACCCCACAGCCCCCACUACACCGCCCCACACCCCACCGCCCCCACUACCGCCCCCACUACACUGCUCCCACCCCACCUCCCCCACUACACCGCUCCCACCACACCGCCCCACACCCCACCGCCCCACACCCACUGCCCCCACUACACCGCUCCCACCACACCGCCCAACACCGCACUGCUCCCACCACACCGCACCUCUCCCACCACACCGCACCUCUCCCACCACACAGCACCGCUCCCACCACACCGCACUGCACUGCUCCCACCACACCGCCCCCACACAGCACUGCUCCCACCACACCCACUGCCCCACUACACUGCCCCCACACCCCACCGCCCCCACUACACUGCUCCCAACACACCGCCCACACCCCACCGCCCCCCACUACACCGCUCCCACCACACCGCCCACACAGCACCACCCCCACCACACCGCACCUCUCCCACCACACCGCACCUCUCCCACCACACCGCACCUCUCCCACCACACCGCCCCACACAGCACUGACCCCACAACACCAAUCCCACCACACUGCCCCACACCGCACUGCUCCCACCACACCGCCCCCACACAGCACCGCCCCACACAGCACCGCCCCACACCCCACCGCCCCCACUACACCGCUCCCAACACACCGCCACACACCCCACCGCCCCCACUACACCGCUCCCAACACACCGCCCCACACCCCACCGCCCCCACUACACUGCUCCCACCACACCGCCCACACAGCACUGCCCCCACUACACCGCUCCCACCACACCGCCCCACACAGCACCACCCCCCACAACACCGCUCCCACCACACCGCACCUCUCCCACCACACCGCCCCACACCGCACUGCUCCCACCACACCCAUCGCUCCCACCACACCGCCCACACAGCAUCGCUCCCACCACACCGCCCACACAGCACAGCCCCCACAACACCGCUCCACCACACCGCACCUCUCCCACCACACCGCCCCACACCGCACUGCUCCCACCACACCGCCCCCACACAGCACCACCCCCACUACACCCAUCGCUCCCACCACACCGCCCCCACACAGCAUCGCUCCCACCACACCGCCCACACCGCACUGCUCCCACUCGCUCCUAACCACCACACCCCACCGCCCCACUACACUGCUCCCACCACACCGCCCCCACUACACCGCUCCCACCACACCGCACUGCUCCCACCACACCGCCCCACACAGCACCACCCACCACAACCGCUCCCACCACACACCCAACACACCGCCCACACCCACCGCCCCCACUACACUGCUCCCACCACACCGCCCCCACUACACCGCUUCUCCCACCACACCGCACUGCUCCCACCACACCGCCCCACACAGCACCACCCACAACACCGCUCCCACCACACCGCACCUCUCCAACACACCGCCCCACACCCCACCGCCCACUACACUGCUCCCACCACACUGCCCCACACAGCACCGCCCCCACACCGCACUGCCCCCACUACACCGCUCCCGCCACACCGCACCUCUCCCACCACACCGCACCACACCGCACUGCUCCCACCACACCCAUCGCUCCCACCACACCGCCCACACGCACUGCUCCCACCACACCGCCCCACACAGCACCACCCCCACAACACCGCUCCCACCCCACCGCACCUCUCCCAACACACCGCCCCCACACCCCACCGCCCCACUACACCGCUCCCAACACACCGCCCCCACACCCCACCGCCCCCACUACACUGCUCCCACCACACCGCCCACACAGCACUGCCCCCACAACACCAAUCCCACCACACCGCACUGCUCCCACCACACCGCCCACACCGCACUGCUCCCACCCCACCGCCCCCACUACACUGCUCCCAACACACCGCCCCACAAAGCACCACCCCACAACACCACUCCCACCCCACCGCACCUCUCCCAACACACCGCCCACACCCCACCCCCCCCACUACACUGCUCCCACCACACCGCCCCACACAGCACCACUCCCACCACACCGCACCUCUCCCACCACACCCAUCGCUCCCACCACACCGCCCACACAGCACGCUCCCACCACACCGCCCACACAGCACCGCCCCCACAACACCGGGCUCCCACCACACCGCACCCUCCCACCACCGCCCCACACCGCACUGCUCCCACCACACCCACUGCUCCCACCACACCGCCCCACACAGCACCGCCCCACACAGCACCGCCCCACACCGCACCUCUCCCACCACACCGCACCUCUCCCACCACACCGCCCCACACAGCACUGACCCCACAACACCAAUCCCACCACACUGCCCCACACCGCACUGCUCCCACCACACCGCCCCACACAGCACCGCCCCACACACACGCCGCCCACACCCCACCGCCCCCACUACACCGCUCCCAACACACCGCCACACACCCCACCGCCCCACUACACCGCUCCCAACACACCGCCCCACACCCCACCGCCCACUACACUGCUCCCACCACACCGCCCCCACACAGCACUGCCCCACUACACCGCUCCCACCACACCGCCCCCACACAGCACCACCCCCCACAACACCGCUCCCACCACACCGCUCCCACCACACCGCCCCACACCCACUGCUCCCACCACACCGCCCCCACACAGCACCGCUCCCACCACACCGCCCCCACCACACCGCACCUCCCACCACACCGCCCCACACCGCACUGCUCCCACCACACCGCCCCACACAGCACCACCCCCACUACACCGCUCCCACCACACCGCCCCACACAGCACUGCUCCCACCACACUGCCCCCACACAGCACUGCUCCCACCCACCGCCCCACAGCAUCGCUCCCACCACACCGCCCCCCACACAGCACUGCUCCCACCACACUGCCCCCACACACUGCUCCCACCACACCGCCCCCACACAGCACCGCCCACACAGCACCGCCCCACACCGCACCUCUCCCACCACACCGCACCCUCCCACCACACCGCCCCACACAGCACUGACCCCACAACACCAAUCCCACCACACUGCCCCACACCGCACUGCUCCCACCACACCGCCCCACACAGCACCGCCCCCACCAGCACGCUCCACACCCCACCGCCUCCCACUACACCGCUCCCAACACACCGCCACACACCCCACCGCCCCACUACACCGCUCCCAACACACCGCCCCCACACCCCACCGCCCUCUACACUGCUCCCACCACACUCCCAACACACUGCCCCACACCGCUCCCACCACACCGCCCCCACACAGCACCCCCACAACACCGCUUCCCACCACACCGCACUCUCCCACCACCGCCCACACCGCACUGCUCCCACCAGCACACAGCACCACCCCACUACACCGCUCCCACCACACCGCCCCACACAGCACUGCUCCCACCACACCCAUCGCUCCCACCACACUGCCCCACACAGCACUGCUCCCACCACACCGCCCCCACACAGCACCGCCCCCACACAGCACCGCCCCACACCGCACCUUCCCACCACACCGCACUGCUCCCACCACACCGCCCCACACAGCACUGACCCCACAACACCAAUCCCACCACACUGCCCCACACCGCACGCUCCCACCACACCGCCCCACACAGCAUCACCCAGCACCGCCCCACCCCACUGCUCCCCCACCGCUCCCAACACACCGCCACACACCCCACCGCCCCCACUACACAGCUCCUAACACACCGCCCACACCCCACCGCCCCCACUACACUGCUCCCACCACACCGCCCACACAGCACUGCCUCCCACCACACCGCUCCCACCACACCCAUCGCUCCCACCACACCGCCCCACACAGCACGCUUCCCACCACACCGCCCCCCACAGCACAGCUCCCACAACACCGCACCACACCGCACCUCUCCCACCACACCGCCCCCACACCGCACUGCUCCCACCACACCGCCCACACAGCACCACCCCCCACUACACCGCCCCAACACCACCGCCCCACACAGCACUGCUCCCACCACACUGCCCCACACAGCACUGCUCCCACCACACCGCCCCACACACACCGCCCACACAGCACCACACCGCACCUCUCCCACCACACCGCACCGCUCCCACCACACCGCCCCACAGCACUGACCCCACAACACCAAUCCCACCACACCACCGCACUGCCCCACCACACUCCCGCCCCCACACAGCACCGCCCCACAGCACCGCCCACACCCCACCGCCCCCUCACCGCUCCCAACACACCGCCACACACCCCACCGCCCCACUACACCGCCAACACACCGCACCGCCCCCACUACACUGCUCCCACCACACCGCCCCACACACAUCGCUCCCACCACACCGCCCCACACAGCACGCUCCCACCACACCGCCCCACACAGCACCGCACCCCACAACACCGCUCCCACCACACCGCACCUCCCACCACACCGCCCCACACCGCACUGCUCCCACCACACCCAUCGCUCCCACCACACCGCCCCACACCGCACUGCUCCCACUACACCGCUCCCAACACACCGCCCCACACCCCACCGCCCCACUACACUGCUCCCACCACACACUACACCGCUCCCACCACACCGCACUGCUCCCACCACACCGCCCCACACAGCACCACCCCACAACACCGCUCCCACCACACCGCACCUCCCAACACACCGCCCCCACACCCCACCGCCCCCACUACACUGCUCCCACCACACUGCCCCACACAGCACCGCCCCACACCGCACUGCCCCCACACACCGCUCCCGCCACACCGCACCUCCCACCACACCGCACCACACCGCACUGCUCCCACCACACCCAUCGUUCCCACCACACCGCCCACACCGCACUGCUCCCACCACACCGCCCCCACACAGCACCACCCCACAACACCGCUCCCACCCCACCGCACCUCUCCCAACACACCGCCCCACACCCCACCGCCCCACUACACCGUCCCAACACAGCCUGACACCCCACCGCCCCACUACACUGCUCCCACCACACCGCCCCACACAGCACUGCCCCACAACACCAAUCCCGCCACACCGCACUGCUCCCACCACACCGCCCCACACCGCACUGCUCCCACCCCACCGCCCCCACUACACUGUUCCCAACACACCGCCCCACAAAGCACCACCCCCACAACACCACUCCCACCCCACCGCACCUCUCCCAACACACCGCCCCACACCCCACCGCCCACUACACUGCUCCCACCACACCGCCCCACACAGCACCACCCCCACCACACCGCACCUCCCCACCACACCGCACCUCUCCACCACACCGCCCCACACCGCACUGCUCCCACCACACCGCCCCACACCCACCGCCCCACACAGCACUGCUCCCACCGCCCCACACCGCACUGCUCCCACCACACCGCCCCCAACAGCACCGCCCUACACCGCUUCCCACCACACACACACAGCACUGCUCCCACACACCGCACCAGCAUCGCUCCCACCCACCAGCACUGCUCCCACCACACCGCCCACACAGCACCGCUCCCACCACACCGCCCCACACACAUCGCUCCCACCACACCGCCCCACACAGCACCGCCCACCACCACCGCCCCCACACCGCACUGUUUCCCCACUACACCCUCCCAACACACCGCCCACACCCCACCGCUACUACACUGCUCCCACAGCACCGCCCCACUACACCGUCCCACCACACCGCACUGCUCCCACCACACCGCCCACACACAACACCGCUCCCACCACACCGCACCUCUCCCAACACACCGCCCCACACCCCACCGCCCCCACUACACUGUUCCCACCACACCGCCCCACCACCGUCCCACCACACCGCACUGCUCCCACCACACCGCCCCCACACAGCAGCACCACCCCCACAACACCGCUCCCACCACACCGCACCUCCCAACACACCGCCCCACACCCCACCGCCCCCACUACACUGCUCCCACCACACUGCCCCACACAGCACCGCCCACACCGCACUGCCCCCACUACACCGCUCCCGCCACACCGCACCUCUCCCACCACACCGCACCACACCCAUCGCUCCCACCACACCGCCCCACACCGCACUGCUCCCACCACACCGCCCCACACAGCACCACCCCCCACAACACCGUCCCACCCCACCGCACCUCUCCCAACACACCGCCCCACACACCGCCUCCACUACACCGCUCCCAACACACCGCCCACACCCCACCGCCCCCACUACACUGCUCCCACCACACCGCCCCACACAGCACUGCCCCCACAACACCAAUCCCGCCACACCGCACUGCUCCCACCACACCGCCCCCACACCGCACUGCUCCCACCCCACCGCCCACUACACUGCUCCCAACACACCGCCCCACAAAGCACCACCCCCACAACACCACCCCACCCCACCGCACCUCCCAACACACCGCCCCACACCCCACCGCCCCUACUACACUGCUCCCACCACACCGCCCACACAGCACCACCCCCACCACACCGCACCCCCACCACACCGCACUGCUCCCACCACACCGCCCCACACCGCACUGCUCCCACCACACCGCCCCACACCGCACUGCUCCCACCACACCGCCCAAACAGCACCACCCCCACUACACCGCUCCCACCACACCGCCCCACACACAUCGCUCCCACCACACUGCCCCACACAGCACUGCUCCCACCACACCGCCCCCACACAGCACCGCCCACACAGCACCGCCCCCACACCGCACCUCUCCCACCACACCGCACCUUCCCACCACACCGCCCCACACAGCACUGACUACACACCAAUCCCACCACACUGCCCCACACCGCACUGCUCCCACCACACCGCCCCACACAGCACCGCCCCACACAGCACCGCCCCACACCCCACGCCCCCACUACACCGCUUCCCAACACACCGCCACACACCCCACCGCUCCCCACACACCGCCUCCCAACACACCGCCCCCACCCCACCGCCCCCACCACUGCUCCCACCACACCGCCCCACACAGCACUGCCCCCACUACACCGCUCCCACCCACCCCCACACAGCAUCGCCCCCACAACACCGCCCCACCACAGCACCUCCUCCCACCACACCGCCCCACACAGCACUGCUCCCACCACACCGCCCCACAGCACCACCCCCACUACACCCACUGCUCCCACCACCGCCCCACACAGCACGCUCCCACCACACCGCCCCACAGCACAGCCCCCACUGCUCCCACCACACCGCACCUCUCCCACCACACCGCCCCACACCGCACUGCUCCCACCACACCGCCCCACACAGCACUGCACCCCCACUACACCGCUCCCAACCACACCCAUCGCUCCCACCACACCGCCCCACACAGCAUCGCUCCCACCACACCGCCCACACAGCACCGCCCCCACAACACCGCCUCCCACCACACCGCAUCCUCUCCCACCACACCGCCCCACACCGCACUGCUCCCACCACACCGCCCACACACACGCUUCCCACCACACCGCCCCACACCGCACUGCUCCCACUACACCGCUCCCAACACACCGCCCCCACACCCCACCGCCCCCACUACACUGUCCCACCACACCAUUUCACUACACCACCUCCCACCACACCGCACUGCUCCCACCACACCGCCCCACACAGCACCACCCCACAACACCGCCCCCACCACACCGCACCUCCCCAACACACCGCCCACACCCCACCGCCCCCACUACACUGCUCCCACCACACUGCCCCCACAGCACCGCCUCCACACCGCACUGCCCCACUACACCGCUCCCGCCACACCGCACCUCCCACCCACACCCACCACACCGCACUGCUCCCACCACACCGCCCCCACAGCACCACCCCCACUACACCCACGCUCCCACCACACCGCCCCACACCGCACUGCUCCCACCACACCGCCCCACAGCACCACCCCCCACAACACCGCUUCCCACCCCACCGCUCCCAACACACCGCCCCCCCACACCCCCACCGCCUUCACUACACCGCUCCCAACACACCGCCCCACACCCCACCGCCCCCACUACACUGCUCCCACCACACCGCCCACACAGCACGCUCCCACCACACCGCCCCCACACCGCACUGCUCCCACCACACCGCCCCCACACAGCACCACCCCCACAACACCGCUCCCACCCCACCGCACCUCUCCCAACACACCGCCCCACACCCCACCGCCCCACUACACCGCUCCCAACACACCGCCCACACAGCACCGCUCCCACCACACCCCCACACAUCGCUCCCACCACACCGCCCACACAGCACGCUCCCACCACACCGCCCCCACACCGCACUGCUCCCACUACACCGUCCCAACACACCGCCCCCACACCCCACCGCCCCACACCACACUGCUCCCACCACACCGCCCCACUACACCGCUUCCCACCACACCGCACUGCUCCCACCACACCGCCCCCACACAGCACCACCCCCACAACACCGCUCCCACCACACCGCACUCUCCCAACACACCGCCCCACACCCCACCGCCCCACUACACUGCUCCCACCACACUGCCCCACACAGCACCGCCCACACCGCACUGCCCCCACUACACCGCUCCCGCCACACCACACUCUCCCACCACACCGCACCACACCGCACUGCUCCCACCACACCGCCCACACACACGUCCCACCACACCGCCCCACACCGCACUGCUCCCACCACACCGCCCCACACAGCACUGCCCCCACAACACCGCCCCACCCCACCGCACCUCCCAACACACCGCCCCACACACCCCACCGCCUCCCACUACACCGCUCCCAACACACCGCCCCCACACCCCACCGCCCCCACUACACUGCUCCCACCACACCGCCCCCACAGCACUGCCCCCACAACACCAAUCCCGCCACACCGCACUGCCCCACCACACCGCCCCACACCGCACUGCUCCCACCCCACCGCCCCACACACACUGCUCCCAACACACCGCCCACAAAGCACCACCCCACAACACCACUCCCACCCCACCGCACCUCUCCCAACACACCGCCCCACACCCCACCGCCCCCACACACUGCUCCCACCACACCGCCCCACACAGCACCACCCCACCACACCGCACCUCUCCCACCACACCCAUCGCUCCCACCACACCGCCCCCACACAGCACUGCUCCCACCACACCGCCCCACACAGCACCACCCCACAACACCGCUCCCACCCCACCGCACCCUCCCAACACACCGCCCCACACCCCACCGCCCCCACUACACCGCUCCCAACACAGCACACAGCACCGCUCCCACCACACCGCCCACACACAUCGCUCCCACCACACCGCCCCCACACCGCACUGCUCCCACUACACCGCUCCCAACACACCGCCCACACCCCACCGCCCCCACUACACUGCUCCCACCACACCGCCCCCACUACACCGCUCCCACCACACCGCACUGCUCCCACCACACCGCCCACACAGCACCACCCCCACAACACCGCUCCCACCACACCGCACCUCUCCCAACACACCGCCCCCACACCCCACCGCCCCCACUACACUGCUCCCACCACACUGCCCACACAGCACCGCCCCACACCGCACUGCCCCCACUACACCGCUCCCGCCACACCGCACCCUCCCACCACACCGCACCACACCGCACUCACGCUCCCACCACACCGCCCACACCGCACUGCUCCCACCACACCGCCCCCACACAGCACCACCCCCACAACACCGCUCCCACCCCACCGCACCUUCUCCCAACACACCGCCCCACACCCCACCGCCCCACUACACCGCUCCCAACACACCGCCCACACCCCACCGCCCCACUACACUGCUCCCACCACACCGCCCCCACACAGCACUGCCCCACAACACUAAUCCCGCCACACCGCACUGCUCCCACCACACCGCCCACACCGCACUGCUCCCACCCCACCGCCCCACUACACUGCUCCCAACACACCGCCCCACAAAGCACCACCCCCACAACACCACUCCCACCCCACCGCACCUCUCCCAACACACCGCCCCACACCCCACCGCCCCACUACACUGCUCCCACCACACCGCCCACACAGCACCACCCCCACCACACCGCACCUCUCCCACCACACCCACGUCCCACCACACUGCCCCCACACAGCACUGCUCCCACCACACCGCCCCACACAGCACCGCCCCACCACACCGCCGCACACAGCAUCGCUUCCCACCACACCGCCCCACACAGCACCGCUCCCACCCACACUGCCCCACACAGCACUGCUCCCACCACACCCACCGCUCCCACCACACCGCCCCCACUACACCUCUCCCACCACACCGCACUGCUCCCACCACACCGCCCACACAGCACCACCCCCACAACACCGUCCCACCACACCGCACCUCUCCCAACAAACCGCCCCACACCCCACCGCCCCCACUACACUGCUCCCACCACACCGCCCCACACAGCACCGCCCCACACCGCACUGCCCCCACUACACCGCUUCCCCGCGACACCGCACCUCUCCCACCACACCGCACCACACCGCACUGCUCCCACCACACCGCCCCCACACACGCUCCCACCACACCGCCCCACACCGCACUGCUCCCACCACACCGCCCACACAGCACCACCCCCACAACACCGCUCCCACCCCAGCGCACCUCUCCCAACACACCGCCCCACACCCCACCGCCCCCACUACACCGCUCCCAACACACCGCCCCCACACCCCACCGCCCCCACUACACUGCUCCCACCACACCGCCCCCCACACAGCACUGCCCCCACAACACCAACCGCGCCCACACCGCACUGCUCCCACCACACCGCCCCACACCGCACUGCUCCCACCCCACCGCCCCACUACACUGCCCCAACACACCGCCCACAAAGCACCACCCCCACAACACCACUCCCACCCCACCGCACUGCUCCCAACACACCGCCCACACCCCACUGCUCACUACACUGCUCCCACCACACUGCCCCACAGCACCACCCCCACCACACCGCACCUUCCCACCACACCGCACCUCCCACCACACUGCCCCACACCAGCACUGCUCCCACCACACCGCCCCACACCGCACUCAUCGCUCCCACCACACCGCCCCACACAGCAUCGCUCCCACCACACCGCCCACACCGCACUGCCCCACUACACCGCUCCCAACACACCGCCCACACCCCACCGCCCCCACACACACUGCUCCCACCACACCGCCCCACACAGCACGCUCCCACCACACCACCCCCACAACACCGCUCCCACCACACCGCACCUCCCAACAAACCGCCCCACCCCACCGCCCCCACUACACUGCUCCCACCACACCGCCCCCACACAGCACUGCCCCACACCGCACUGCCCCCACACAGCUCCCGCCACACCGCACCUGCUCCCACCACACCGCACCACACCGCACUGCUCCCACCACACCGCCCCACACAGCACCACCCACUACACCCACUGCCCCACCACACCGCCCCACACCGCACUGCCCCACCACACCGCCCCACACAGCACCACCCCCACAACACCGCUCCCACCCCAGCUUCUCCCAACACACCGCCCACACCACCGCCCACUACACCGCUCCCAACACACCGCCCACACCCACCGCCCCCACUACACUGCUCCCACCACAGCCCCCACACAGCACUGCCCCCACAACACCAAUCCCGCCACACCGCACUGCUCCCACCACACCGCCCCACACCGCACUGCUCCCACCCCACCGCCCCCACUACACUGCUCCCAACACACCGCCCACACAGCACCACCCCCACAACACCACUCCCACCCCACCGCACCCUCCCAACACACCGCCCCACACCCCACCGCCCCCACUACACUGCUCCCACCACACCGCCCCACACAGCACCACCCCACCACACCGCACUCUCCCACCACACCGCACUGCUCCCACCACACCGCCCCACACCGCACUGCUCCCACACACACGCCCCACACCGCACUGCUCCCACCACACCGCCCAAACAGCACCACCCCCACUACACCGCUCCCACCACACCGCCCCACACAGCACUGCCCCCACUACACUGCCCCACACCCACUGCUCCCACCACACCGCCCCACACCGCACUCUCCCACCACACCGCUCCACAGCACCGCCCCCACAGCACUGCCACCACUACACCGCCCCACACAGCACUGCCCCCACCACACCGCCCCACACAGCACCGCCCCACACAGCACUGCCCCCACUACACCGCUCCCACCACACCGCCCCACACCGCACCUCUCCCACCACACCGCCCCCACAGCACCGCACCACACAGCACUGCCACCACUACACUGCUCCCACCACACUGCCCCACACAGCACUGCCACCACUACACCGUCCCACCACACCGCCCACACAGCACUGCCACCACUACACCGCUCCCACCACACCGCCCAACACAGCACUGCUCCCACCACACCGCGCCCCACACAGCACUGCCCCCCACCACACUGCCCCCACAGCACUGCCACCACUACACCGCUCCCACCACACCGCCUCCCCCACACAGCACUGCUCCCACCACACUGCCCCACACAGCACUGCCCCCACCACACCUCCCACUACAUCCUCCCACUACACCGCCCCACACAGCACUGCUCCCACCACACUGCCCCACACAGCACUGCCCCCACUACACUGCCCCCACACAGCACUGCCCCCCACUACACUGCCCCACACUACACCGCUCCCACUACACCGCUCCCACUACACCGCCCACACUACACCUCCCACUACACCGCCCCACACAGCACCGCCCCACACAGCACUGCCCCCACUACACCGCUCCCACCACACCGCCCCACACACACCGACCCCACACAGCACUGCCACCACUACACCGCUCCCACCACACAGCACUGCCCCCACUACACCGCCCCACACCACACCGCCCCCCCACUACACCACUCCCAACACACCGCCCAUACCCCACCGCCCCCACUACACGCUCCCAACACACCGCCCACACCCCAGCUCCACUACACUGCUCCCACCACAACGCACCUCCCACCACACCGCCCCACACAGCACCGCCCCACACAGACUGCCCACUAAUCCGCCCCCACCACACUGCUCCCACACAGCACUGCCCCUCCCACACCGCCCCACACAGCACCGCCCCCACCACACCGCCCCCACUACACCGCUCCCACCACACCGCCCCACACCGCACUGCUCCCACCACACCGCCCCACACAGCACCACUCCCACUACACCGCCCCCACAAAGCACUGCUCCCAACACACCGCCCACACACCACCGCCCCACUACACCGCCUUCCCAACACACCGCUCCCACCACACCGCCCCACACAGCACUGCUCCCACCACACUGCCCCACACACACUGCCCCCACUACACGCUCCCAACACACCGCCCCAUACUACACCGCCCCCACUACACCGCCCCAACACACCGCCCCACACCCCACCGCCCCCACCACACUGCUCCCACCACAACGCACCGCCCCCACCACACCGCCCACACAGCACCGCCCACACAGGACUGCUCCCACCACACCGCCCACCAGCACCGCCCCACACAGCACUGCUCCCACCACACUGCCCACACAGCACUCACUGCCCCCACCACACUGCCCCACACAGCAUCGCUCCCACCACACCGCACCCACUACACCGCCUCCCACCACACCGCCCCACAGCACUGCUCCCACUACACUGCCCCACACAGCACUGCCCCCACUACACCGCUCCCACCACACCGCCCCCACCACACCGCCCCACACACCGCCCCACCAGCACUGCCCCACUACACACUGCUCCCACCACACCCCACUACACCGCCCCCACCACACCGCCCACACACACUGCCCCCACUACACCGCUCCCACCACACCGCCCCCACAGCACUGCCCCCACCACACCGCUCCCACCACACCGCCCCCACUACACCGCUCCCACCACACCGCCCCACCGCCUCUCCCUGCACCGCCCCCACACACCGCUCCCACCACACUGCCCCCACUACACCGCUCCUCCCACCACAACGCCCACCACACCGCUCCCACCACACCGCCCCACACACUGCUCCCACUACACUGCCCCACACAGCACUGCCCCCACUACACCGCUCCCACCACACCGCCCCCACUACACUCCCACCACCGCCCCACACAGCUCCCACUACACCGCUCCCACCACACAGCACUGCCCCCACUACACCGCUCCCACCACACCGCCCCCCACACCAGCACCGCCCCCACUACACCGCUCCCACCACACCGCCCCCACUACACCCCACUACACUCCCACACAGCACUACACUGCCCCACACAGCACUGCCCCCACUACACCGCUCCCACCACACCGCCCCACUACACCGCUCCCACCACACCGCCCCCACACACACUGCCCCCACUACACCGCUCCCACCCACCGCCCACACACCGCCCCCACUACACCGCUCCCACCACACCGCUCCCACCACACUGCCCCCACUACACCGCUCCCACCACCACACUGCUCCCCACAGCACUGCCCCCCACUACACCGCUCCCCCCACCGCUCACACCACACCGCCCCCACUACACCGCUCCCCACUACACCGCCCACACACACUGCCCCCACACAGCACUGCCCCCACCACACUGCCUCACACAGCACUGCCCCCACCACACCGCCCCACACCGCAACACCUCACACAGCAUCGCCCCACCACACCACACCUCUCCUACCACACCGCCCCACACAGCAUCGCUCCCACCACACCACCCCACACCGCACUGCAUCACACAGCACUGCCCCCACCACACCACCCCACACCACACCGCCCCAUUUAUUUAA